UAAAGAGGCAUCAGUCUCUCUCUUGAAUAUGUCUCUCACAAGACCCAGUAAACCGAAAGUUACAGCCACUUCAUUUCGAAAAUAAGAAAUCUUAUUUCUUCGCAGCAUUAUAUUACCUGUAUAUUUUUAACAAUGUCUGGCCAAAUCCUGAGACAAUUCGCCUUCCCCCCAUCGGCUGCAGGCAGAAUCUCUGUAAUUAUAGCACAGACUGUGCUAACUGGCAAGGGCCAGAGCUUUGUCCGUGUUGUAGAUGCAAUAGAGCCAAGUAUCAAGGAGGAUGUCGCCCAGAAAGCAGAAGCAGCUUGCAAAAUGCCAAACGUGCUGCCGCCGCAUGUCAGAUCCAGAGCAGCAUCACUUCGUCUUACAUCAUUGGAUCAUGUGAGCGAUCUCGAUCCCACUGUUCACAGCACCGGAGAAUUCUACGACAAGGAUGGCAAGUUCAUGGGCAAGAUUCACAUUGCUAAAGACCCAUCCCAACAACAGCCCAUGCGGGAGUAAUCUAUGGAUGGGCCGAGAUACAUUGAAGACCAGACAUGUUUUGACUGAAGGUCGAAUGCUGUUAGUUAUUUGGGGAACUACCAUUUCGAGAACAGCCUAAAGUACCUACCUAUGUAUCGAGAAGCGAGAUCAAGAUCAGUAUGGAGGUAGAAUUGGAAGUUGGAUAGAGACUUGAAGAGUUCACUGCCGCAAAUGUCAUGGGUUGGGGUGGAGCAACGGAACAAUAGUAUCUGCUUAAAUUUUCACACCACCACUUCUACCAUUUUGUAACCUGGAGAUCAAUGGCUACCCGUCGAAGAUGCGAUGAAUC